UUCUUUUUCGACGUCUCUGUGUCACUGUAGAGGGCACAAUGGGGCGCCGACCAGCAAGAUGCUAUCGGUAUUGUAAAAACAAACCGUACCCAAAAUCCCGGUUCUGUCGUGGUGUGCCCGACCCCAAGAUCCGUAUCUUCGACUUGGGAAAGAAGAAGGCAGCGGUUGACGAUUUCCCGCUAUGCGUGCAUUUAGUGUCUGAUGAGUACGAGCAGCUCAGCUCGGAGGCUCUGGAAGCCGGCCGUAUUUGCUGCAACAAGUACCUCGUGAAGAACUGUGGUAAAGAUCAGUUCCACAUUCGCAUGAGGGUCCAUCCCUUCCACGUUAUCCGCAUCAACAAAAUGUUAUCGUGCGCUGGAGCUGAUAGGCUCCAGACUGGGAUGCGCGGUGCGUUCGGCAAGCCGCAAGGUACGGUGGCGCGCGUACGCAUCGGGCAGCCGAUCAUGUCGGUGCGCUCCAGCGACCGUUGGAAGGCGCAGGUCAUUGAGGCGCUGCGUCGUGCCAAGUUCAAGUUCCCUGGUCGUCAGAAGAUCUAUAUAUCCAAGAAAUGGGGCUUCACAAAGUACGAGCGUGAGGAGUUCGAAAGGCUGCGUGAUGAAGGUCGUCUGGCUAACGACGGAUGCAACGUCAAGUACAGGCCUGAGCACGGACCUCUGGACGCCUGGAGGAAGGUGCAGAAUGAAAUCUACAGCAUUUAGUGCGGAGAAAUAAACUUUGUACUAUA